AUGGGAAACAAUAGUUCCCACAAGAGGACCAAAGUUCCCAAGCAGGCCCGCAAGGAGAAGCCACCCGACGUGGACACAGCCCGGCGGAAACAGCUGUUCUUCAGCCACCUCAAGCGGAAGAAGCCGAGCGCCAAGAUCGUGCUGCUUUUCCCCCUGGACAAGGAACAGCAGCUGGCCGAGGCCGGGGGCGGGACCGAGCCCCCGGGCGCGGAGCCUGUGGCCGCGGGGCGGGGCGGAGCCCGGACCGUGGCGUCGGUGUCGAGGAGCCGCGGGGUCCGCCGGCCGCCCUCGCUGGGCCGCGUCGCGGUGGUGGUGGACCAGGGCUCCGGCUUCACCAAGGCGGGCUUCGCGGGCGAGGACCAGCCGCGCCUGGUGCUGAAGAGCUCCAGCCUGGUGCCCAGCUGGGACCGGCCCGUGCUGCCUGGGGCGCUGGGCUGCGAGCUGGCGGGCGGCGUGGCGCGGGCGCACCCCAUCAAGCACGGCGUGGUGGUGGACUGGGAGGCGCUGGAGGGCCUGUGGGAGCGCCUGCUGGUGGGCGGCCUGCGGGUGUGCCCAGAGCAGUGGCCCGUGCUGGUGAGCGACUCACCCUCCGCGCCGCCCGCGGGCCGCGAGCGCGUGGCCGAGCUGCUGUUCGAGGCCCUGGCAGUGCCCGCGUGCCACUUGGCCAGCACCGCGUUGUUGGCGCUCUCCUCCACCGGCGCGUUCAGCGGGCUGGCCGUGGAGGCGGGCGCGGGCGUGUGCCACGCCACGCCCAUCUAUGCCGGCCACUCGUGGCACGAGGCCACCUUCCGGCUGGACGUAGCAGGCAGCACCCUGUCGCGCUACCUGCGGGACCUGCUGGUGGCUGCGUGCCCCGAGCUACGGCUGCAGGCCCUGCCCCGCAAGGCCGUCACCCAGCUCAAGAAGCGCUGCUGCUAUGUAUCGCUGGACUUCGAGGGUGACCUCCACAACCCUGCCCGCCACCAGCCAGCCAGUUUCUGCUUGGGCAAUGGGGGCUCCGUCUGCCUCAGCAGUGAGCGCUUCCGCUGCCCGGAACCUAUCUUCCAGCCCAGUCUGCUAGGCCAAGCUGAGCCAGGACUGCCCACAAUGGCCUUCCGAGCACUGCAGAGGGUGCCGGCAACCCUGCGGACACGGCUGGCUAACACUGUGGUGCUGGCCGGUGGCUCCACACUUUUCCCAGGCUUUCCUGAGCGCCUGGAGAUGGAGCUGCAGGCCCAGUGCCGGCGGCAUGGCUAUGGGGCAAUGCAGCCACGCCUGGUGGCCAAGCCUGGGCGUGGCACAGCGGUGUGGACAGGCGGCUCUAUGGUGGCCUCGCUGCGCUCCUUCCAAUGCCGCUGGAUGACCCGAGCCAUGUACCAGGAGUGUGGUUCCAGGCUGGUGCACGAAGUGUUCAACUGAGCCAGUCAUGUUGGACUGGAGGGGCUAGUGCCACGGAGGGCGGGGGCUGCAGAAGCAGGGACUGGGCGGGCUGAGCUGAAGCUCUAUCGGAGGCAUCGAGUGCCAAAUAAAAGUCCCAAGU